AAGGGGGUCACAUGAAGCUGGGGGUCAGUCCCCAGGAGCUGCAUUUCAACAAGAUACUUCUGCACAGGACUGACACCCAGACCCUGGUCCUGAGAAACGACAGCCCACUGCCCAUGGCAUGGCAUCUCAGUGGGCUGGACGACCUUGGAGAUGAGUUCUCUGCAUCGCAAGGCAGGGGCAUCGUUGGGCCCCGCACAGACUUUGAGGUGAAGCUGAAUUUCAAGGCCGAGAAGAUUGGCAUCACAAAUAAGAUGAUCCAACUAGAGGUUUCAGAUACAGAAAACAUCCUGGGCAUUGUUCAAGCUGAAACCAUCAAAGUCUCUGUGGAGGUCUACGAUGUUAAUCUGAGCAUCAACAUGCCUGAAGGUCCAGAUGGCAGCUUGGAAUUUGGAACCAUUAAUGUCCUGGAUAAUAAGCAGCAAGUCCUGAGUCUGCAGAACAAAGGCUUAUAUGACAUUGAGUACAGUUUCAAGCUGACCACUGGAAGUGCCAAGAGGGGCGACUUGGAAUCUCCCUUCACUGUCCGGCCGCAGGGGGCUGUGCUGAAAGCCUCCCAGCCACCUGUGAAAGUUGAGGUCCUCUUCCACCCCACAACUGAAGUGUUUCUCGAGAGCAAACCCAUCCUGCUCUGCCAGGUGAGCUGCCUGGGCCCGGCUGUGUUAGCACAGUGUGUCUUGGGAGCAUAAGCAGGAGAGGUGUCUUGUGCAAAGCAGGCUUUAGCUGGGGCAUCCUCUCUCCUACACACACAAACAGAGACUUCCAAAACCAUUUGGGAGGCUUCAUAAGAGAGCUGGAAAUCU